UAUUUCGUUGUGAACCAUUGAGUGAAGUGCAUCGUUUUCCAAAAUAGGAUUUACAUUCGCAAUCAGUCACAACUUCAUAAUCCCAAGUUAUCAAAUAGUGCCGACAAUAUAGGAUUAUACUAUGGAAUAUUUAGAAAAGUGAUAUGAAUUUUAAAAGUUCAACACAAAAUUGCAUAUGUAAAAUAUGUACCACAAGUUUAAUCUACUUCUCUUUUGCUUAACAAUAUAUUCUCAGUUCUCAAUCGUGGUUCACGGUGAAGAUGAAUUGCGACAUACAAUCAAAAAAAAGAAGGGUAGUCAGAAGAAGCCAGGGCAGUCGCAGCAGGUGAAAACUCCCACAGUGUGCAUAGUUCCAAUUCCUCUGCAAGCCUACCAACCAUCCUAUGUUCACUCAGGAGAUCAGUUUCAGCACUCAUACAUUGGAUCCAAUCAGGAACUGCGGAAGAAGGGAAAACCAACCAUGGCUGAAAUGAACGGAUGUGUGGUUGUGACGCCUUUGCCACCAACUAGCCACACUCUUGAUAACGCUGAUAACGCCUCUGGCCCUGGGCAGGCGCUCAAGAAGAAGAAACCCGCGAUAUUCAAACCACACAAGAUCAAGAGGAAGAAGAAGAGAAAGAAGAUUCAGGCACAAGUCAUGGCUCAACUGGAAAGUGAUCUGGGCAUGGCGUUUAAGGACCUCAUGACGAGUCUUGACUAUUUCUGGCCCAAGUUGCAGAUCACCUUCACCACGGGAACGGCAUCGAUUGGACACAACAUCUUCACCGGAAUCGUGCCACUCAUGGCAGCUGGGCUGAAGCUGAAGAAGAUCCUGUUCUUCAUGAUGGAUCCCAUGUUCAGCAGUAUGAUGUACUCUCUGGGCUAUGGAAGCAGCUAUCGUCCGAAAUUGAAGUCAUCCGAGAGUGGGAACGAAGAGGUGCAAGAUCAGGAGGCGCAGGACAACAACCAAGACGCCAGCACAUAUGCAGAUCAAUCAGAUGCGCCAGGAUAUUCAGAGGAGGGGGAUGAAGAUGAGGAAGAGGCUGAGGAUGACUCUGAAGAGCAAGACGACGAGGACGAAGAAGAUGAUGAGAAAGAGGAGUACGAGGGUGAAGAGGAGGAUUCAGAAGAGGCAUCGGACGACAGCGACGUCGUUGACACAGAACCUCUUGAUGCAAAUGACGAUGGGAACAUUGAUUAUCCUUCUAAGGACAGUGCCGAGGUCAAUUUGAGGCCCAAAAAGAAGAAAAAGAAAUCAGAUGGUUUUAUGGGUGGACUGGAAGAAAUCUGGGAUGGUAUGGUUGAAGGUUUUGACGAUUUGGCAAUGACUGAUCAGCAGUAUAGAUCGCAUAGAUCAGCGCGGAAUCUUCCAAUUCCAGAGAAGAGAGUGUAAGAUUUUUGUAAAUAAAAC